AUGGACGACAUGGAGACAGUCAUGGAGACCCUCGACUCAAUUUCCAACGAGAUUCAACUAAUUCGGAGCAGCCAGAAUCAACCCAUGAUAUCCACUGAAUCGUUCAAUCGUUUUAUUAGCAAAAAUGUACCAACUAUGAUUAGAACCGUUCAAGUUCUAGAGGAUAUCACAAAUCGGAUAAUUGCCCGAUAUGAUCAGAUGAUGACCUACAAAAAUCGUAAGAUGGAAAUAGCAUCACUUGUUUCAUUUGCCGAAUGGACAGCUCUGCCAAAUGCUGAUUCCUUACAGCAUUUAAUGGAUCGCCUGCACUUGACAAUGUUCGGUCACACUUCCAGCGCGAUCCAUCGUAAGACACCUCAAGAAACUCUACUAUACCAGAUGAUGAGCAACUAUGAGGAGGCUUUAGAUGAGAGGUUCCGCACACUGCAGUCGCCACAACAAUUUGUCGGAUCACUGUACACGGACAUCGCCACAACCGAAUUAAAAGGAUAUUCGCUGAUGGAGUUCUCACUGCUGAUUCUACGCGCCACUGGGCAUGGCAACUUUACUGAGGAAACGAACAUAAUGCGUGAAAACUUUAAGAGGCGCACCGAAUAUUCUCUAAGCUUCUUAAGGAGUGUGAUGGAGCAAUCCGAUCUUCGCAUCUGGCGUAGUGAUCCUCCCAAUCAUAUUGCUGAAAUUACUUACGCAGAGGUUACACGGCUUCUUCAAGGUUACAUUGAAAAUGAGGACGGAUUGAAUGCAGACAGGAGGUGCAGGUAUAGCUGUGAGAUAUAUCAGGACACCACAGUCUCCGGCUGCAUCAGCGGUGCAUUAUGUCAAUCCGCGCCUCAAUGCUCAGGUCGCGUUUAUAACUGCCAGUUUGUCGAAAAGUCCAUGGGAAUUUGCCAGUCGCCGUGGUACAGCUCUCGUCGUUAUGAGUACAUUCAAUACGAUAGUGGAAGAGUAUUGGGAACAAUGUCAUAUUGCGGACGUGGCACAUCUAGAGCGGAAAGCUGGUAUCGUUGGAUCUUCUGGCAGUGCAGCUACUGCUUCUGCUUGUGUGAUGAGCAGGGCUCAAAGUCUGACCGAUACUUCAAUCUUCGUGAAACUGUAUCCGAUGUAAAGGCGAAUAAAGUGGUGACUGGAGUGCGAUUUGCGAAAAGAAAUCGCAUUAUUCACUUGCAGAUACAGGAGGGUCAACUUUUGCCCCUAGGAGCCAUCAAUGAGUCAACUGUGGAGUGGAAGCCUGUAGAUGACUACCUCAUUUCUUCUUACAAUGUUAGAGAGGGCAGGGACUAUCAUUCCAUGAGUUACCAUAGACGUGGCAUCAAUCUGGCUGAGGUAAUGAAAACGGAUGACAAAUCAUUUGUGGUAACUGGCGUGCGUUUGCGCUUGUCCUAUGGACGUCUCAAUCUCGAACUGCAAUUCACUAAAUAUGAUUUUAAAACUGGAGAACUAAUGGAAAACGUUUGGCAAGCCAGUAAGACAUUUCCAAACGUGCAACUGGAUCUCGAUGAUAAGGAUAUACCAACCAAAUCACGUCAAUUGUCUCAGCAAUUAUCAAAGGAUUAUAAUUAUUUAGAAUUUGUGAAUACCGGAAUAAACCAGGAUGCAGCGCAGACAACAAUUCCGUUUAUUGACAUACAAGAUGUCGUCUCUAAGGGUCCAGUUCCAUUAGCUGGCAUCGGCAUCUACUACAAAGCAGUUCCGGGAUAUGGUGGUUUCAUUGCACCUAAAAUCAUUCAAUAUGACUUUUCAUCUCACACUCCAGUGCAAGUAUCGCUGAACUAA